CUGAAGCAUCAAACGGCUCAUUAUCAUCUACUAGAACUUUCUCCGCUUCACUCCCUUAUAUGUAUCUUCCUCUCUUAUAUUUACUCCAUUGCUGGCUUGUGCUCUGCUCGCGCCACUAGGGUUUACUUCAUUUCUCUCCUUUUGAUUGCAAGAAUCGUAAGCCGUGGGAAUGUCUUACCCAACCGUGAGCCCCGAUUACCAUAAGGCCGUUGAGAAGGCAAAGAGGAAGCUUAGGGGCUUCAUCGCUGAGAAGAACUGUGCUCCUCUGAUGCUCCGUUUAGCGUGGCACUCUGCUGGGACCUAUGACGCGAAGACGAAGACCGGAGGUCCCUUCGGAACCAUUAAGCAUCCAUCUGAACUUGCUCACGGUGCUAACAACGGGCUUGAUAUCGCUGUUAGGCUGUUGGAGCCAAUUAAGGAGCAAUUCCCCAUCAUAAGCUACGCUGAUUUCUACCAGCUGGCUGGCGUCGUUGCUGUCGAGGUCACUGGUGGACCUGAAAUUCCCUUCCACCCCGGAAGAGAGGACAAGCCUGAGCCACCUCCUGAGGGUCGCUUGCCUGAUGCAACAAAGGGUUCUGACCAUCUGAGGGAUGUGUUUGGCAAAGCAAUGGGGCUUAGCGACCAGGAUAUUGUUGCUCUAUCUGGUGGUCACACCCUUGGAGCGGCACACAAGGAGCGUUCUGGAUUUGAGGGCCCCUGGACUAGUAAUCCCCUCAUUUUUGACAACUCUUACUUCACGGAGCUUUUGUCUGGGGAGAAGGAAGGCCUCCUUCAGCUGCCAAGUGACAAGGCACUUUUGACCGACCCAGUAUUCCGCCCUCUUGUUGAGAAAUAUGCUGCGGAUGAAGAUGCCUUCUUUGCUGAUUAUGCUGAGGCUCACCUAAAGCUCUCUGAGCUUGGGUUUCCUUAAGCCUAAGCAGCGCAUAGUGGGUGUUGCAGAGGCACGGUGCCCUUUAUAUUUCUUCUCAUAAUUUCCGUAGUCUUGGUUUUUAAUACCAACGUGGGUUCCUCAAAUUUGGGGUAGCUUUUGAAUGUAUUUUGCUGGACGAGAUGAAUGGAAAGUUUGGUUGUUUACUUUGUUGUUGAUCUUGUUAAAUAACAUUGUUCAGUGGUAAUGCUCGGUUAUUUCGGUUU